GUUCGAGGUGCAGUACAACAGAUGCCGAUUGAAGUCGCAAAUUGGCGAAGAAGGCGUUCUGUUUGUGGAAGAAAAGACAAUUGACAGGAUGACCCGGGCAGAAGGGGUCAGGCGGGACUUCGGCAGGCCCUCGAAGCUCGUCGGGGCGCGACCGGGUCUGAAAACCUGGGCGAGGGGGUGACGCUCUUCAAACAAGGGGCCCCCCUCUUCCACAGCCGCGAGACCCGAGCAAAUGGGCCACGGUGUGAGAGCUCAGCAAAAGCAAAAUUUCUCUGAGCUUCCUGGCCAGGCCCAAAGCUCUCUAUCCCCACACUCCAUUCCAGCGUUCUUGCGCACUGCACAGUGCACGAUGCACCAGCCGGAGGGCCGCCCGGUUUGCAGUGUCUGCGGCGUCUGCAGGUGGCCGUUAUGGCGUCGACACGGACCCUGCAGGUCUACAGUCGGGUUACAUCCAAUGUUGGUGAUCCAGGCACCGUUAAGUUUAUGGAAGGUGCCCUCUCGGCGACGGUUUCAAAGCAUCAUCAUCCCAAGACACCUGGGCCUACUAGGAUCUCUACUCCUCACCACCACGCACAAGAACCUCGCAUGGAUCAUCUGCCACCCAUCGUUCGUCCGAUGUUCCGCCAGCGGGUUCAGAAGUUUCCAGGGCCCAGUGGAGAGAUGGACGGGCAGGGUCGGCCCCUGGGCAUACCUACCGGUAUCCCAUCCCCAAAAUAGGGGACCAAUGAACGUGGCCAGGCACGCCUUUGGCAAACAAAAUCAAAAAUCCAACCAUGCAACCUCACCUCAAGCAUGGCGACCUGACGCCCAAUGUGAAGAAUGGCGAUGCUGCGAUACUGGUUGCAGUCAGACACCAUACGUCCUGUAGUUGAUCCAGCAUGCCAAUCAAGGAGGACGGCAUUGCAGGUGAGACACGGCGAUACAGCAGCGUCCCGAAACAUUGGCGGCGAGCGAGGUUCCACCGUACGCCCUGGCCCACUCGUGCUCAAGAUGAGCGUUGACGAUGUUCGGCUGCUGAUGAGACUCGCAUCAUCCUGACUUGAUGAGCGCAUGGUUUCCCUUCGGAGGCGCGCCCAGGAUCGGUCUGACAAACGAGAGAGAGGGUGUCUCCGUGUGCCUUCCUGAAAAGGUUGUCUCUGCGUCGGGCUCAAAGUAAUAGCUGCCGAGAUGGAUGUCGUACCGUCUGUAGCGAACAGAACGGCCGCUC